AUGACAGAGUCCACCACGUGUCUUACCCACUACGGUGUAUAUGAUGCCUCCACCAGAGCUAUACCUGCCCUCUCUUUUAUAGAAAAGUACAGCAACAAGGUUGAUUCACUCGAAAUCUCCGGCCCAUUUCAUUCGUGGUACGCUCCGAGUUGCAACUUCUACAACGCCAACGGUGUCGUCUUACGAAGUGGUGAUGAGAUUUGGACUUGGAUGAAGAGCCUUUUUGGGCCAUUUGACGCUGUCCAACAUUCUAUUAAAGUGGUUCGCCUCAUUAAAGCUACAACUACAGAAGCAGCUCCAGAGAGAGAUGCCUACUGGGUAAUGUUGGAAACCGAUACAGCAUUCUCCAUAAAAGACCCGCUAUUGGCUGGGGGUCCGAUUGUCAUCCCGAGGUUUCUGAUGUUCCUUAUCGGAAAAAGUGAAGUUGAAGGCCAAGGGACAGAUGGGUUGCAGAUUCUAGAAGCCAAAGUUUGGUGGGAUACUGACAUGCUAGGACGGGAACUGGCGGCAAGAAAGAAGAAACUUGACCAGGAUCAUUAA